AUGUUCUUCUUCAGUCGAAUACGCGGAAUUAAAGAUAAAUUCUCGGUGGUGAGUUCAUGAUACCUUAACAUCUGUCGUUGUCUUACCUUAUCAUCAUUCAGAAUUAAAAAUUUUUGCUAGUCUAUUAAAUCUUGCUUUAAAUUUUAAAAAUUUUCUUAGAUUUGCAAGGGAAGGACAAGUUGAACUUUUUUCAAAAAAAAAUUUUUGAAAAAAGGUGGGGUAAAAAAUAUUUUUAAGGGGCGGAGCAAAAUUUUAAAAAAAAAUUUAAAUUUUUGAUGACGGCAUGUCACAUUUGACUUUUUAUUUUUACUUUCAGGCCUCACCCAUCUUCAUCCAUGUGUUUAUGGUGGUAUCGGUCGCUGCCUAUACCUUGUUUGGAGCCUAUGUCAUGAGGAGUUUUGAAAAUUCGGAAAUCGAAAAGUAAGCUAAAUUUUAAUUUUAUACCUAAUUGUAAAAUACGUUUUCUGUACUUUAUUGUUACUAUAGAGUAUAAAUAAGCUUUUAAAUAAAAAAUUCUUUAAAAAAAUUUUAAAAAAUUUAAAAUUUUUAAAUUAAAAAUACGAUUUCAGAACAAACCGAGAAAAUGGCUAUCUAGGUCCCCCAAGUCGACCAAAACGAGCCGCCAAUUUGGAUGAAAUUGUAUUAUCAGGACCGGAAUUGAGUGCACUUGCUCCUGGUGUAAGUUGAAACAGAAUGCCAAAAAGUUUAUAAAUUCAAAACAAAAAUAAAAGAUAAGUUUAGGCUAAAAUAUAUUUUUUUGUUUGAAAUACUUAUGCAACAAGUUUUAUAUAUUGAUUUUUUUUAUUCGAAAAUAAGUUGACGAAAUGCCAAAAUUGGCGGGAAAACAAAAAUUCAAAUUUUAGAUAAUCAAAAACGAAAAAUAAGAGUAAAGUAAGCUAAAAAAGCAUAAAAUCAAUUUAAUAUCAAAACAAUUGGCAUUUUUAGUUAUUUAGACUAAUUGAAGCAGGAUGCCAAAUUUGGCGGCAUAACAAAAGUUCAAAUUUUGGAUGGUCAAAACGAAAAAUAAGAGUAAAGUAAGCUAAAAGGACAUAAAAUUACUUUACUAUUGAAAAGUUUAUCAAUUUUCGUUUUUUAGACUACUUGAAACAGAAUGCCAAAAUUGGCGGGAAAUUUAAAAUUUUAAUUUUUAGUAAAAAUUUAACUUUUUUUUGAAAUGUGACAUCCAGCGCCACUAAUAACAGUAUAUUUAACUGAACUUUGAAACAAUACGUAUUUUACAACCCUUUCAAAAUAACAUCUACAAUAUAAAAUGUCAUUUCAGCUCCGUUCUUGCGUUCAAAGCGCUAUUCACGAUAUGUUGUUGUUGGCUGGUUGUACACCAAAUGAGUUGGACAAACUGUCUAUUACGGCUCUGGAUGAUUGUUAUCGUUACGCUGAGAUUCAGUUGCCUAACAAAACCAAAAAUGUUAUUGUUACGACAACUGCUGCGCCCAGGACGAUGAUGACAACUUACGAAUAUCGGCGGUAUGAACAGUGUAAGUUGGAUGUCACAAGUUUUUAGAUAAUUUUAAGGUACUAUGGCACUUGAUUUUGAAUUUUUGGGUACCGUUUCAAAAUUUUUUAAAAAAAAUGUUGAAAAAUUUUGAAAUUUUGAAAAAAUGACAAAACUUUUUACAGUAAUGGCGGAAGAGGGUGGUGAAGAAGAAGUUGGAUGGUCGUUUCACAACGCAGUUGUAUUUGCUUUUACGGUUAUCACUACUAUUGGUAAGAUUUUCUUUCGGCGAGAGCUUUGGACAUGUUUCAUCGUAUAAGAUGAUUUUUGCAAACUGCGGGCUAAAAAUUUAUGGCAAAAAUAGUUUAAACUAGUUUUCCUUAUUGUAUAUUAGUUUUUUGAUUACUGUAUCUUCUUAGAUACUGCUCUUUUUCGUUAUAUUUUAAAUCUGUGUACUUUUUGUCGUAUAAAAUGGCUCCCGCAGCUUGCAGACCCUAAAAAUGUGUUUUUUCAUUAAAAAACGAUAAACUUAGGUAAAAAAGGAUUAUUUUUUGAUUACUGUAGUGUUCACGGCCAAAAAUUUUUAGAUGGACCUUAAGGUAAAAACUAUUUUCAGGUUACGGUAACGUGGCACCUGUGACAAUAGCUGGUAGAACAUUUUGUGUAAUAUAUGGUCUGGUUGGAGUACCAUUGGCAUUGCUUACCAUUGCUGACAUUGGCAUGUUUUUGAAUAAAAUUGUCAAAUUUGUGGUAAAAACCAUCGUGGAUGUUAAGGAAGACAUCGACCGGUACAGGUUUCAAGUGAGUUUUUUUUUAAAUUUAUGUUUGUAAAGAAAGUUUUUGUUAUUUCUUGGUUUGGAAAGAAAGUUUUUGGCAUUUUUUGGCUUGGAAAGAAAGUUUUUGCCAUUUUAGGUUUUUGAAAGAAAGUUUUUGCUAUUUGUAUCAAAGCUAGCUAUUUUACGGCUUUGCAGACUGCGGGUGACAAGUUAUACGAUGAAACCAAUUUUUUGUUUUGUAAAGAAAGUUCUUGUCAUUUUACGUUUUGUAAAGAAUGUUUUUGCCAUUUUAUUUUUUUAUAAAAAAAUUUCUUGCCAUUUGUUUCUAAACUAACUACUUUACGGCUUUGCAGCCUGCGGGUGACAAGUUAUACGAUGAAACCGACUUUUUGCUUUUUAAAGAAAAGUCUUGUUAUUUUUUGGCUUGGAAAGAAAGUUUUUCCUAGUUUUUUGAUUUGUAGAAAAAUUUUAUGCAUUUCUUUUCUUUGUAAAGAAAGUUCUUGCCAUUUGUGAUCUUGUAAACAAAGUUUCCGCUUUCAGCGAAACAAACUGACCAAAACUCAAAGUAAUUCGACUGAUUCAACUCAAGAUACUCUCAAAAUCAACGACAUAGAAGAAAACAAUAAUCCCAAAACCGACCGGUCGAAAUCAUCAGCCAACUCCCAUUCAUCGACGGAUUCGAUGGAAGAACGACGAACUUCCGAAUCCGUCACAUUGGCUGUCAUUUUUGCACUUUAUUUAAUCAUUGGAUCAUUUAUUAUUAGUUUAUAUGAACCAGAAAUGACGUUUUUUACCGCCAUUUACUUUACUUUUGUUUCGUUGACUACCAUUGGUCUUGGUGAUAUUGUACCGAAGAGGUAGGUGAAUAUUGAAAAAUGGUCGUAUUUUCUAAUAAAAGUGGGUCUGGAGUUAUAAAAAGUUGAAUCUAGGACAUACUUAUGACCUUUUAAAACUUUGUUUAAUUUGAAGCCUAAAUUUGCACUUUUAAAAUUUGAAUUUUGAUUUUUCUGCAAUUUUUGGCAUUGUGUUGCAAGGGUUGUUUUAAAUCAUGAAAAGAUGUAUUUUUAACAUGUUUUUGUUAUUUUAAAAAUAUUUUUAUGUUUUAAAGUGGCAUCAUGCACUUUUAAAAUUUGAAUUUUUAUUUUGCCGCGCUUUUUGGCAUUACAUUUUAUAGCGAAUUUUAGGUUAAAAAAAGGCUUAAAAUUUGAUCAAAGACAUUUUUAUAAGCUUGUAAGACCAGUUAUACUUAUUUUUCAUUAAAAAAUUCACUUGCAACACUAUGCCGAAAAUGGCGGGAAAGUAAAAAUUUAAAAGUUUAAUGCUUUUUAAGCCAUUUUUAAUAUAUUUCUUAAUUGAACUAGUCAUUUUAUAAUAGACAUAAACCACAAAAAAAGAAUAACUUACUGAUUUUGAUGUUUUAGGUAUGACUUUUGACUUUGAUAUUUUAGGUACGACUUUCUGAUAGUGACAUUUGCCUAUAUUACAGUUGGUCUGGCUCUAACGACCAUGGCGAUUGAAAUUGCAGCCGAGUUAUUGAAAAAGCUGCAUUACUUUGGAAGGAAAAUUGAAGAUGUCGCUUCUGUUGACAUUUGGUUCGGCGGGAAAAAGUAAAUUUAAAAUUUUUGGAUUUUUUGUGUUUUUUCGAUUUGUAAAGAAAGUUAUUAUUAUUUGUUGUUUUGUAAACAAGUUUUUUGCCAUUCUUUGAUUUGUAAAGAAAGUGUUUGUCGUUUCGUUUUUUGUAAAGAAAGUUCUUGCCAUUUAUAGUUUUGUAACGAAAGUUCUUGCCAUUUUUUGGUUUGGAAAGAAAAUUCUUGUCUUUUUACGUUCUGUAAAGAAAGUUCUUGCAAUUUUUUGUUUUUUAAAGAAAGUUCUUGCCAUUUUAUAUCUUGUAAAGAAAGUUCUUGCCAUUUUAUAUUUUGUAAAGAAAGUUUUUUCCAUUUUUAAUACUUUUUAUUCAGGAUGAAGCUGAAGAACCUAAUAAGACACUUGGGAGAUCAGUUGAACAUCCCAGUUGAAGAGUUGGACAAGUUUAACAUCAACCACUUUGUUGAUGAUGCUAUGAAGGUCAAGGAUGGGGAGAUGAAAACUUUGAGGGUAAGGCUAAUUUUUGAAAUUAAAAAAUUUUUUUAUUUAUAAAAUUUUGAUAUUUUUAAAUUUAAAAAUUUUUUUAAAUUUAAAUUUUUUAAAUUUUUAAAAAUUAAAUUUUUUUAAAUUUCAGAAAGAACCAAAGCCUGUCAGUUACCUGGAUAUUAAAAGAGAAAGUGAUGUUGAAGAUGUCGAGUUUGCUGAUGAUCUGCUGAGUUACACUAGUGGUAAGCAAUAUACCUACAAAUUACUUUACAAUAGUUUUAAAAAAUUUUAAUUUAAUCUCCAGGGCAUAGUAAUGAAAAACAAUCUACCAAACAUAGUGUUUAGACUUGAAAGGGGUCCCAUUAGGCCUCGAGCCGGCUAAAACAAGUUUAAAAUCUGAACGUGACCGGACCGAGCUGGAUGACGCAUGUGGUCUCGAGAGCCCGGCCUAAAACAUGGUCUAGCUUGUUGACCAGGACGUAAAAUUGGGUCCGGCUCAAAAUUUAAAAAUUUAUUUUUUUUUUUAAAAUGGCACAAACAUUCUUUACAACACGAAGGAUCUUUUCCAUCGUAUAACUUGUUACCUGCAAAAUCACAAACUAGCUUUUUUAAUACAAACGGCAAAAACUUUCUUUACAAAACAAAAGAUGGCAAGAACUUUCUUUACAAAGUAAAAAAUGGCAAGAACUUUCUUUACAAACAAAAAAAAAUUGAAUUUUCAGAGGAAAACCCAUUAAGAACCGCCCGACCGGGAGAUGGACUUUUACUGACCAAAACUCAGUCAGCUCGAUGA